AUGCUGUGCGGCACGGGGGCCCCGCCGGCGCUGCUGGGGGUCCUGGGGGUGGGAGAUGAGUCGCCGGGGAAGUCGCAACCGUUAGAGGCACCGGAGAGGGAAGGGGAGGGGGGGCUGGCGGAAGGAGUUCCACAGCACGAGGUCGGCGUCACCUCGGCUGAAACUGCCACUCCUGGCGAAGGCGACGAGGUUGUGGGAGACGUGGGAGCGGUAGCGGUGGACACGCCCUCGAGAGACGGAGAGGAGGAGGAGGAGGCGGAGGAGGAGGCGGCGGCGGCUGCCGUUGCCGUGAGAGACAUGCCGGAGGACGUGUUGAAGGUGGCGAAGGAGUGCGUGGUGUACGAGGACGUGAGCGGGGUCAUCACCGCCGUCUACGCCGCCAGGGUUUUGUACGAGACUUUUGCGGGGAUGGAGGCAAGCACACGCGGGGCAACUCGCCGGUGUUUUGGUUCACGGAGAAGGUGAAGGUGGUGGUUGACUUCUUUGUUGGGGUCACCGGCAUGUUAAACCUCUCCGAAGGCUUGUGCGAUCGAUCGCUGUCAGAAGAGACCACCCCGCAGCCGGUGACGCCGGAGAGUGACGCGACGGAGCCAGCUUCUUUAUACGGCGGCGGCGGUGGGACAAACCAUACGAUACUCCGGCGACGAAAUUCAAUGUUUCGAAAGAAGGCUUGACGGGGACAAACGUGGUGUUGCGUGUGGUUCCUGUUCUUGGCGGGGGGCGGGGGGGGGGGGGGCGGGUGCCCGUUUUUCCGGUUCUUGUGCGUAUGCCUUCCCAAUGGGGGGUGCCUGUGUGGGGGCCGCCUGCCCCUUCUUCUUUUUCUUCCCAACUGCCAACUCCCCCCCGGGGUCCGGGGG